AUGUCUACAGAUGCACAAAGACUAAUCAGCGUUUCGUUCGGGAAAAUCGCUUCCUACCGAAAACAACGUGGCGGUCUGAACCUACGCAAGAAUCUGCUUGUUUCCUAUGUGAUACACAACGCAAGGACCGCUAUUUAUGAACAGAUGUACGGCUUACAGCGUACUUAUGACGAUUCGGAAUCCGAAGAUCGGGAUGAGUUAGAGUGUACUGAGGACGAUGAUGAAACCGCCAAGCCGGCAUGGAACGACGUGGUCGAUAACAAUGACACAUCAGAACAACACGAGAAUGAAACGGCGCCAAAGUGUGAGUACGAAAUGGACGAUGAACGAACCGCUGACGAAGAUAAGGAAAACGUUAUGGUUACUGAGACAAAUACACCAGCAAAGGAUAAAGUUGAACCAGAAAUUCAAAAAGACACUUGCUGCCACGAUCGAAAGAUUUUGGGCGAAGUGAAUCACUCGCUUUGCUCACAGACAUGUUGCAACAAGCGGAAGCGAACUGAACUCGAAGACGCAUGCGAAUCUAUCUCACCAAAACGUUGCAAAUUUGAACAAGACUCUGAAUCACUUGAAGAACAUUCAAUGACCGUUGACCAAACUCAAAUAUCAAACCUUGUGACCAGGUUUAAUUCUGGAUUGUCAAGUUUGGCGGACGGCAAGGAUCAACAUAGCUCUGACUCAUUGUCAACAGAAAACGGUGCUAACCGGAACAGACUCGUGUCGUGCCUGAGUCACAAGAACUCCACCCAACUUAACACUACAACUCAUUUACAGCAAUAUAGUCUACCGUCCACGGGUGUUAAAUGUAUAGAAAACUGGGCCAGACCAAUCGAGGCAUUCUAG